CCGAACACAUCCGGUCAGGGGAAAAAAGGUCACGUUUCUAAAAUUUAUCCUGUUUUUAUAGAAAUGUGUCGUUCGAUUGAGAAACUAAGAUGGGAUUUCAUCAGAUAUAGGAUCCAACAACACUGAUUUGAGCUGAAACAUAACGAAGUAGAUUUUACCUUUAAAAUCUACACCAACUUCAAAGAUGUACGACACACCAGUGAGCCUACAAAAUUGCUGUGUUGACUUCAUAUGUGAUAAUUUGUCAACACUAUGCAUGGCUUCAGCCGAAACACCACCAAAACUUACAUUUAAAGAUUCAGAGGUGUAUUUCCAUGGCGACCUUUCGGAACAACUAUUGUACAGUCUGUGCGAGAAGGGAAAGCUUACGGAUGAAACUCUGAGUUUAUUCGACCCAAGCGUCACCAAUUUGAAGCGGGUUUGUAUACAUGACGCACAACAGCUUACGACCAAAGGUUUGAGAACGUUGAAAACGCAUCGUAUAUCAGAAUUAGAAAUUACGGGACUUAAAACUGUGACAGUCAACGAUGCGAUAGGGUGUUUAGGAGAAUGGACGUUGUGUAAUUUACGAUCUCUCAACGUAAGCAAUAGUACAUUCCUAAACAGUACAAAAUUCUGUGUAGUCGUUUCAUUGUCAAAAUUGAGAAAUCUGCAUAGUUUGAAUGUAAGUCGAACUGAAUUUAACAAACAUGGUCUGGAGAUUAUAGCUGAGGAUUUGCCUUGCUUAGAGAGCUUGGACAUCUCGUGUACGCAGAUAAAUGAUAUUUCACCACUCAGGAAGUGUAGAGACCGACUAAAAUCUCUGUCCAUGUACAAUUUACGAGCAUCCAACAAAGACGAUGUAGUUCCUGUUCUGUACGACCUUACCAAACUUGUUCACUUGGAUGUGUCGGACGAUUCCGUGAUAACGCCAGUCCAGCAUACCUUCAUGGGAGGUGACUCACAAGCUAAAUUCCCCAUUCAGGAUCUCCUAGAAAGAACUAAUUGUCUACCAUACUUGACAUCGCUGGAUAUUUCUGGGAAAGAAGGAGCUGUCGAAAAGACGUUAAGGAGGUUUAUAGCUGAACAUAAAAACAUGAAAUUCCUGGGUUUGGCGAGGACCACGUAUUGUGAGAUGCCGAUGUUCUGUGAUGACGAAUGUGUUGAUUUCUACUGUGAUGUUGUAAUCAGUGGUGACGCUAAUGAACGACAGGUACUUGAGGCAUUAAGGCGGUAUGUCCAUCGCGUCGUCUAUGUACAGAAGUCGCUUUACACUUUGUUCAGACUAACACAGUCCAUGGUGGAGCCUAGGGAGGACAUUGUCAAGCUUGUCCUGCCAGCCAUGAAGAGCCAUCCUAAACAGCUGGGCGUACAAAUGGCCGCCACAGCCUGUUUGUAUAACCUGUCCAAGGGUGAGAUCGGCAACAAAGUACACCCAGCUUGUCUCAAGCAUGUGGUCAACUUGACCUUACUGUCCAUGGAUAACUUUCCAAACCACCAGCAGCUACAGAAGAAUGCUCUGCUCACACUAUGUAGUGACAGAAUACUCCAAGAUGUGUCGUUUGAUCGUUACCGGUGUGCCAAGCUAGUGAUGGAAUGCCUUUGUCAGUUUGAUGAUCCUUCCAUGAAUCGCAUGUCCGUUGCCAUUUGCUCGAUUCUCGCUGCCAAAAUCUCCACAAGCCAGACAUCUCUACUAGGAGCCAAGACAAAAUACAUGCAGAAAAUGCUGGAUCUAGUCAGGAUGAAAGUGGACGCACGUUCUAUAGACAUAACACUUAAGUUCACUCUCAGUGCUCUGUGGAACCUAACAGAUGAAUCUCCUCCUACCUGCCGUGUGUUCCUUAAGGAGAAGGGGCUAGACCUGUUCAUGGACACCUUGAUGGUUGUAAUGGACAUGGAAACAGAUGUCAGGGUUCACGUGGAGACAAAGAUCUUGGGACUCUUGAACAAUAUAGCGGAGGUGCGAGAACUGAGAGGAUUUUUGAUGCGGACAGAUUCGUUAAUCCUGUUGAAGAAACUGAUCCAUGCAGAGCAGAUUGACGUGAGCUACUUUGCAGCUGGAAUCAUUGCUCACUUAGCCAGCGAUGGGGCCGAGGCCUGGCUCGUGUCCUCGACAGAUCGAGAGGAAAUACUCUAUGAGCUGGGAGAAGUUGUUUUAAAGUGGGAGCAGCCAAAGGGUGAAAUGGUUGCCUACAGGUCUUUCAAGCCAUUCUUUCCAUUGUUGAGGUGCUACUCUGUGCCGACAGUACAACUCUGGGCCGUCUGGGCGAUACAGCAUGUCUGUACAAAAAACGGGGAGCGCUACUGCUUCAUGCUGGAAGAGGAAGGUGGCUCGGAAAUUCUCCAACAGAUGAUCGAGAAUCCAGAGACAAAUGCCGACGUAAGAGCCAUAUCUGUGAACAUAAUAGCACUCAGCAAAGAAAAAAGAGGAAAACUAUGACCGGGGUUUCUAGUCAGUUUUGUUAACCAGGACAUCGUUGUCUUUCACUCGACGUGAUGUAACAUAACAGUUUAACAUAUUGGAAAGAAACGUGUGAUGAAAUUGGACAUGUUCUGACCAGCGUAAUAUUGAUUGAAUCGUCUGUGUCUAUCAGAUUAAGCAUAUUUCAGAAUCUUCACUAAUUCUCUUCAAUCUUUUCCGGUACUAUGGAUUCAGGCCUGGGGUGGAGAUGAAGGGUUUAAUUCUAGAAUUACCUAUUCAGCAGAACAUCAAAGAUUUAGAAAUAGCAAAAUUACAGAUUUUAUCCCCAAAUCUGUCUAAAUGCUAAUAAUUCGUAAUUUGCAUAUUUUUUAUUAUUUUUUUUUCACUAAGGGUCCCAUAAGAUGGUGUGCUGUUAGAAUCACCAUUUGACAGGUGGUAAAUCGUCAUCACUAUUUUUCGGACAAUCUGAAUCCUACUUUCCUUCAACUCAUUUAUAGAUUAUCCAGGCCUAAGACUCUGAUGGUGCAUGUCUAAUUUUAAGACUAAUCAGAAAAAUUAAAGGGUCAAUAGACGGCAUGUUGAAUUCUGACCGUUAAAUAUUGUUAGUGCAAUUUAUCAGGAAGUGGUGCAUAGAUCCGAGACUGAUUGGAUUUAAGCAAAAUGGCGAACAAGCAGUCAUAGUAUAUUUAGCAGGUGAAAGAUUCUUAUUUUUCAUCCGAGUACAAAUUAAUGCUUCUUAACUUCCUCUUAGCCUCUAGUUUUGCAUGUUGAAACAUGAGAUUGCAAGAUCAGAAAAAAAAUGUCUGACAGGACAUCUUUGUCGGCCAUCUUUGAUUUUAGCUGUUAAAUGUGUUAAAAAUUUUUUUUUCUUUUCUUUGAGAAGCACUGGAUUGUUGAUCAUGGUUGAUCUUUGUGAAUACAGAUGUAGUUUAUAAAAAAACAGCUUCAUCUAUGUCAUUUGAGAGUCUGACUAAUUUACUUGUAAGUUAAAAUGUUAUCCUUCUUUGGGGUAAAACGAAUGUUUAGUCACAUAUUUGACUACCAGAAGCUGGUUUGACUACUAGCGGAUCAUACUGUAAAGUAUUUUGUAUGAUAACAAUAUAUAAUGAAUACCUCUAUGUUACUACAUGUGUAUAAAGAUUUGUAUGACUGGUGAAAUUGUGAUCAGGGACUUGUUGAUUUGUUUCAGUAAUUUUAGUGGUACAUAUUUAUGGAGUAACUGUAUUUUAUCUGUUGUUAAAGUCUAAACGUAGUCUGUAGGCUUUCUUUGUUCAAUAUCUUUGUUAAAAAUUAUAAACAAAACUACCUGAAAAUAUUAAUUGUCCCAUAGACGAAAAAAAAAAAUGUAAAAAAAUUCAAAUAAAUAAAUACUGUGUAUAUAUGUAUGAAGAUGGAAAUAUUUAAGGCCAAAGAUAAAAAUUACUUGGUUCUCAGGCCCUCUCAUUUGUUUUGAAGU